AGAUCUGCGGAAUUCAUGUCGUAACAAUAUUCACAAGAACCUCAUCAGCAACAUGAUACUCUUCAACAUCACCUUCAUAUUUGGAAUCGAUGCGAAAGAUAAUGUUACUAUGUGCAAGGUGGUGGCAAUUUUGUUACAUUACCUACUGCUUACUUCUUUGUUGUGGAUGAUGUCUGAGGCAGUCUACUUGUAUUACAAGGUAAUCAGGAUAUCACCUAUAAAAGGAAACACCCUUGCCACAUAUAUGGGCAUCUGCUAUUUGCUGCCAUUGGUUAUCGUUGUGCCAGUAGCCACCAUCAACUUUGAUACGAUGUACGAUAUAGACAAGAUAUGUUGGUUGUCCCAGGUAGGAAGAUGGACUGUUGUGAUCCCCUGCGCUUUAAUCGUCAUGUUUAACUUGAUAGUGCUUGUAAGGAUCUUGGUCAUUGUACGUGAGCGGGCAAGUGGGCAUAAGGUCAAGGGCAGAACGGUUAGGCAAGAGGAAAACAAACAAAUGAAGAAGACAGUGCAGGGUUGUAUAACGUUGCAACCUAUCCUUGGCCUGACGUGGAUACUCGGUCCGUUCACUUCACAUAUCGUCAUUGCUUAUGUGUUCACUAUUACCAGUGCGCUCCAAGGCUUUUUUAUAUUCAUAGUUUAUUGUGUCUAUGAUAAGGAGGUGAAAUCUGCCUGGAGAAAGUGGAAGAAAAAUCAGCCCAAAAACAAUGUGAUCCACACUUCUAGCGGUACCCUACCGGAUUUAGCAGAGCCGACUAAAGAUACAAUUGAUGUGGAUAUGAACGAACAAUACAAGGAAAAGGAAAGAUCUAAUUUGGAUAUGAAAGAACAGCCCAAGAAAAAGAAAAGAUCUAAUUUGGAUAUGAAAGAACAGCCCAAGGAAAACAAAAGAUCUAAUUUGGAUACGAGGAAGGAAAGAAAAAAUGAGUUGCUGGCUAUGGCUGGUAAACCCGCUUGGCGGUAACUGGAGAUGACCACUCAGCUAAAUGCAAAUGGUGCAGGUUGUUGAUCCGAACGAUCAUAAUAAAUAAUUGUACUGAACGUCAAGAAACAGACUGUCUCCAUGUAUUCAGAACGCAAGAGCCCUCUUACCAUUGGUUCUCACAAACUGAGCAAUGGAAGGUAUUAACGGUUGCGCAAAAGUUCUGAUCAUUUUGUCCUAAUGUGGGCCUGCGCCUACUUAAAAAUAAGAGUUGUGGUAAAAGAAAAAACAAAAACAAAAAGAAAAAAAAUACAAAAAACAGAAAAACCAUAAAUAUAGAUUAUUAGCUUAUUAAAAUUUUAUAUUAGGCCUAUCAAUUAUUUGAUAGUUUUAUAUCUCUUUAAUGUUCACAUUAUCGUUUGUUUUUUAGCACUUCCGAUAAACUGGCCUUGUUUGUUUGAAAUAUGCAUUUUUAGUUGCUUAAUUAUGUACUGAUUAAGUGCAUAAUGGCGUUGUUUGGCACAAUUGUUAUCCAUUUUGUAAAAAUCUGAUCGCACUUGUCAAUGAUUGUGUUUGUCUGUAUAAUGAUUAGCUUUAGAAUAUUAAAUCAGGUUCGUCAGUUCGGUAAAUUGACACUGCUGUAAAUAAAAUUUAUCGUGAUAUUGUGAGGCAUCAUGUUCAAUGAUAGACAAACGUUUGCAGGAACGAUUUUAACGUAUUUGUAGGCCCACAACAUAAUGUCUUUUUCAUUAAAAGAAUAAUCGUGAAGCAUAACACGUAAGGAGAACUGGUAUGCUCAGCGAUAACCAUCACUAACUUACUUCAGAGGAACAAUGGAUAAUAUGGAUGUAGGUAAAAAUGGCCCCAAUGAUAAAAUUCUGUAUCAAAACUGAUUUUUUGCUAAAUUUAUUAUUUAUUUUUGUUAAAACUGAAAUAAUUUAAGUUUUUCAAAAGAAUCUAACAUCAAAUAAA